AUGCGUACUCCAGACCCCUUCGGGGACGAGAAUCGUUCUCCCAUGAUGAACCCAUCACACAUGAACUCUUAUAACAGUCGCACUCCGUCGCCCGGUCGACCCUUAGAUACAUACCAGCUUCAGGAUAAUCCUUAUGCGCCGCAAGGUCAUUUGCCUAUGCCCUCAAGCGAUCGCCUCGCCGAACAACCAACUUACUCCGUCGAGAAUAUCCCGAAUUCAUAUGGCCACCAUGAGGCAUAUGAAGCCCACGAGCAGCCUUAUGGCUACGGUCAAUACUCCGUCGACCCCGAAGCCCAUCAUGACGCCUACUAUACCCAACCCUACCAGCCUUCACAUACACCCGGUGUGCAUGAUGACUAUGAUCUAGGCCAUUACCCCGAAGGUGGUCACACCCCCUACGAAGACAAUGCGCCCAUGCUGGAGCACGGCGAGAACCCGUUCGGACCGGACGAAACACUCAAGCCAGAGUAUGAGGACGAGCCCCGACCGACUCCCAGUCCCGCUCCUAUUCGCCGUUGGAAGACCGUGAAGGAAGUUCAACUGUUCAACGGUAACCUCGUUCUCGAUUGUCCCAUUGCUCCGAAGCUGCUCAGCCAGGUUCCCCACGCCGAACCACCAGGACGUGACGAAUUCACCCAUAUGCGAUACUCUGCCGCAACUUGCGACCCUGCGGAUUUCUUCGAGGAGCGAUUUACCCUUCGACAGAAGUUGUUUGCGAAGCCGCGCCACACAGAACUCUUUAUUGUAGUCACCAUGUACAACGAGGAUGACUUCUUAUUCGCGCGUACCAUGUCUGGUGUUUUUAAGAACAUCGAUCACAUGUGCUCGCGAACAAGCAGUAAGACUUGGGGCAAGGAUGCAUGGAAGAAGAUCGUUGUCUGUGUUAUCAGCGAUGGUCGUGCGAAGAUUAACGCCCGUACGCGUGCUGUGCUCGCUGGUUUGGGUGUUUACCAGGACGGAAUCGCUAAGCAGCAGGUUAACGGUAAAGAUGUGACUGCGCAUAUUUACGAAUAUACCACCCAGGUUGGAUUGGAGGUCAAGGGAACUCAGGUCCACAUGAAGCCCCGCUCGGGUCCUCCUGUGCAGAUGAUUUUCUGUCUGAAGGAAAAGAACCAGAAGAAGAUUAAUUCUCAUCGUUGGUUCUUCCAGGCGUUCGGCCGAGUGCUGGACCCUAAUAUUUGUGUUCUUCUGGAUGCCGGUACAAAACCGGGUAAGGACUCAAUCUACCACCUGUGGAAGGCAUUCGAUCUCGACCCAAUGUGUGGUGGUGCCUGUGGUGAGAUCAAGGUCAUGUUGUCACACGGAAAGAAGUUGCUGAACCCCUUGGUCGCUACACAGAACUUUGAGUACAAACUGAGUAACAUUCUUGACAAGCCUCUGGAGUCUUCGUUCGGAUUCAUUACUGUGUUGCCCGGUGCCUUCUCUGCUUACCGCUACGUCGCACUGCAAAACGACAAGAAUGGACAGGGUCCACUUGAGCGAUACUUUGCUGGUGAGAAGAUGCACGGUGCCAAUGCUGGCAUCUUCACUGCGAACAUGUAUCUUGCUGAGGAUCGAAUUCUGUGUUUCGAGAUCGUUUCAAAGCGUAAGUGCCGCUGGCUUUUGCACUAUGUCAAAUCGUCGACUGGUGAAACCGAUGUGCCCGAUCAAAUGGCCGAGUUCAUUCUUCAACGCCGUCGUUGGUUGAACGGUAGUUUCUUCGCGGCAGUUUACGCCAUUGCGCACUUUUACCAAAUCGGGCGUAGUGACCACAGCUUCCUGCGCAAGUUUGCUCUGUUCAUCGAGUUCAUCUACCAAACUAUUUCUAUGAUCUUCGCAUGGUUCGGAAUCGGUAAUUUCUUCCUGGUCUUCCAUAUCUUGACUACAUACCUGGGCGACGAUGAUCUCCUUGGUACGGCCGGUAAAGUUCUAGGCAUUGUCUUCGAAUGGCUUUAUCUGGCGACCCUGGUUACUUGUUUCGUUUUGGCUCUUGGUAAUCGACCUGGUGGUUCGAACAAGUUCUAUAUGACAAUGGUGUACUUCUGGAUUUUCAUCAUGAUGUACCUGUCAUUCGCAGCUGUUUUCGUCACCGUCAAAUCGAUCCAAGAAGAGGUGGCAGACAACUCUUUCUCAGUCAGCCAGCUAUUUACCAACAAGACUUUCUUCUCGAUCAUCGUCUCACUUGGUUCGACCUACGUUAUGUGGUUUGUUGCUUCGUUCAUCUUCCUGGACCCAUGGCACAUGUUCACAUCGUUCAUCCAAUAUAUUCUUCUGACCCCGACAUAUAUCAACGUCCUCAAUAUCUACGCCUUCUGUAACACCCACGAUAUCACCUGGGGUACUAAGGGAGAUGACAAGGCCGAGAAAUUGCCUUCCGCUCAUCUCAAGCCCGGCGGCAAGGUCGACGUGAACAUCCCUCAAGACGACGGUGACCUGAAUGCUCAAUAUGAUGCGGAACUUCUGAAGUUCGCAACCAAGGCACCGAAGGAGGUUCCGGUAAUCUCGGAAGAAGACCGCCAAGCAGAUUACUACAAGGGUUUCCGUAGUGCCGUCGUGUUAGCCUGGGUCUUCUGCAACUUCGCUCUUGGUGCUGUUGUGCUGAGCUCAGCUGGUCUCGAGACAUUCGACACUACCAGCAGCUCAGAUGGAAGCAGCACCGACGAAACGCAAAACGAACGCUCCAUGAUUUACAUGGAGGUUGUUUUGUGGAGUGUGGCUGGAUUAUCCAUGUUCAAGUUCAUUGGUGCGAUGUGGUACCUGGUCGUUCGGAUGUUCCGUGGCGUUUGA